AUGGCUCUUACAACAACUGACACGCCAUUACGGGUAGUCUUGCCCUACUUAUGGAUCGCCCCAGCGGUCUUUCUCUUGUACAAAAUUUUCACGUUCGGUCGCCGCGAGAAACAUCUCCCUCCCGGCCCUCCUACCAUUCCCAUCCUUGGGAAUGCGCAUCUCAUCCCUUCGACAGGGUUCUUUGCCCAACUUAAAGAAUGGGCUGAACAGUACGGCUCCAUUUACUCGCUCAAGGUUGGCAAGGGCACGAUAAUAGUGCUUAACGAUAGACACGCCAUCCAUGAGCUCUUCAGCAAGCGUGGCGCUUGGUAUAAUGACAGACCGGUUGACCAACAAGUACUUAACGCGGCGCGAAACGAGAACAUUGCAUUGAUGCAUGAGAGCCCCAAAUGGAGGGCAGAGCGGAAGAUUGCCGCGGCGUACUUCUCGGCGAAGAACCUAGACACAAACUUAAGGGCGAUACAGGAAGCUGAAUUCAACCGAAUGGUCUGUGACCUACUGGAGAAGCCGAAAGAUUUUCGUCCUCUCAUCAAGCGAACGACCGCCUCAAUUGCGAGCAUCACAAUUUAUGGUCACCGAGCCCCGGAUCCGGAAAGCUUUUGGCGGUACAAUAUUCUGACGUUACCUAUUCGUCACUUACAACUAAUGAGAGUACAGAUAUCAAAAGCAAUCGAGCCAGGCUCGUACCUACCAGUGGAGCAGUUCCCAAUUUUGGGACUCAUACCGGAGAACUGGACCGAGUCGAAGAAGCGCGGCGUAGAGUUUUAUCAUACAAUGACAAACAUCUGGAACGAAGCCCGCGAUCGUGUGGAAAAGCGCCGCAACAGUGGCGAUAAGAGAGAAUCUCUACUUGAUAGACUCCUCAGCGAGGACAUCAAGUGCGACGCACAACUCACCUACACUGAGUUGAAUAACUUCCUUGGGGGUGUUCACAUGGGCGCGUCUGACACCACGGCGACUGCGACGCUGAACACAAUCCUGUUUCUUGCGAAGCACCCCGAGUAUCAGGAGAAGGCGCGUGCAGAGCUUGAUCGCGUUUGCGGGACUGAGAGAACUCCUGUGUGGUCGGAUUUCAAAGAUUUACCAUACAUCAACUGCAUAUUGAAGGAGGGUUUGCGAAUAAGACCAGUCCUACCAACAGGAAUCCCUCAUUGUGCCAAAGAGGAUAGAUGGUACGAGGGCAUGCUCAUCCCAGCCGGCAGCACCAUCUUCGCCCCUCCUUUCGGGCUCAACCAUGACAGCAAAUGGCUGGACUCGCCUUCGACCUACAACCCGGACCGUUUCCUCCCUCAGGCAGACAAGCUCGCACCCGAGCUCGCCGCUUCGGCAAAAUAUGAUGAGCGUGACCACUACUCAUACGGUGUUGGUCGACGCAUCUGCGUUGGCAUUCAUCUGGCUGAGAGGUCACAGUGGCGUAUGGCUGCUUUGAUACUCUGGGCGUUCAAGAUUGAGCGCGAAGUUGGAGAGAACGGAGAGCUUAUCGAGUUAGACACCAGCUACGCAUGUUACGAUGAGGGGUUGUUGCAUUUUCCGAAGGAAUUCAAGGUGCGAUUGGUACCAAGAAGCGAGGCUCACGCCAAGAUUCUGAGAAAGAAUAUGGCUGAGACCGAGGAGCUUUUAAAGCAAUGGGAAUAG